GUGGCAAACACGAAAGAGAAAACACCAAUGUGUCUAUUGAACGAAUUAGCUCGUUAUAACAAGGUCUCACACCAGUACAUGUUAGUAGAUGAAGAAGGACCAGCACAUCAGAAAUUAUUCUAUGUUAAACUUAAACUAGGAGAAGAAGAGUACUCAGCAUCAGGCCAGAGUAUUAAGAAGGCUCAACAUGCUGUAGCUAGUCUAUCUUUAGAGAAAACAGCCUUCCCUAAACCACCACCUAAACCUGAAAGAUCUUCUGGCAGAGGAUCAAACAGUAUAAUGCCGACAGUAGAGUUAAAUGCUGUGGCUAUGAGAAGAGGAGAAGUAGCUAGUUAUAAAGCCAUUGAACCCAGACAUUCUCAAUACUAUCAUCAACCAAACUUUGAUUUCCGAGGAAUUUAUAAUCAAAGAUACCGUUAUCCAAGACCAACCCGAACAGCCUAUGUAUCAUUGAAAGUUGGACAAAGAGAAUUUAUAGGAGAAGGUCCAACACACCAGGCUGCUAGACAUACAGCAGCUAAUAAAGCCUUGCGUAUAUUAAAGAACCUCCCUACCCCUACUCCACCAGUUAAACCUGAGGGAGAAAGUGAAGAGAAAGAAGAAAAAACUGAAAAUGAGUUAAAAUCAGAAAUUAGUCUAGUACAUGAAAUAGGUUUGAAAAGAAACAUGGCCGUCUCUUUUGAGGUUAUAAAGGAGUCUGGUCCACCACAUAUGAAGGUAUUUAUAACUCGAUGUACUGUUGGAGACAAGGUGACAGAAGGGGAGGGUAACUCUAAAAAACUGUCCAAGAAAAAGGCUGCUGAGUUGAUGUUAGACGAAUUGAAAAAGCUGCCAAAUUUACCCAAUUCAAUCGUGCCAACACGUAAUCGACCACCAAGUACCAAAAAGAAGAAUAGGAAUUUGAUUAAGAAAGGGGAUCAGAACUACGGUGUGACUAUCAAUCCUAUCUCUAGACUCAUACAGAUUACACAAGCUGAGAAGAAGAAAGAACCUGUUUUUACUCUAGUAGCUGACCAUGGAGUUUAUCAUAGAAGAGAAUUUAUUAUGCAGGUGCAAGUAGAUGAAGAGAAAUGUACUGGUGUAGGACAUAAUAAAAAACUGGCCAAACGGAAUGCCGCCGAAAACAUGCUACAUCAUCUAGGAUUUAACCAGUCU